GAGACGCCGUGGUGGAGAUCAUGCCGUCCACCGAUACUCCGGAAGCGGUCGCCGCGAGCGGAGGCCCCACUUCUCCGGGCUCCGCGCCGGCAGGCGCGAGCGCGGGCUCACCCUUCCCUGCGCGCGGGGGGGGUCCAGGGCCACUGCUGGUGAGGACCUUCAGCGCGGAGCCGCUGGUCGCCGGUUCCGCAUUCGUCCGGUGGCUCCCUGGAAGCGGGGCCAGUAGCUGCCAUCGGGUGCCUCGCUUCUCUUGCGCGCCAGGAGUCCGGGGGCCGAUUUCGUCAGGAUCUUCCGCGUGCUCCCUCGAACCGGAUUCCGUUUUGGCGCCCGGGCAGAAUUUUGGCAUGCAUCCUUGGAUACAUGGAUGUAGUUGCAAGUUGCCAGCAGUUGUUUGGAGCACCUCGGCUCCUGUCAUGCAGUUCCAUCCAUUGUCACCGCAGCUCUCCAGUGUUUGUUUCGGCGUUGGAGGUGUGGUUUGAGUUGGCUAUCACGAAGUCAGAUCGCCUGACCAUCGGGCAGAAGGUCGAGCUCCUCCGCCGCGACCUCAGGGAGAGGGAGAUCGACCACAGGCAGUUUGGCAAGAUCUUCCCGAUCCUCGCCCGAGCCCUGGGUCUGGACAAGCAGGUGAUCCUCAGCCACAUCGCGUGGCUGAAGACCAAGAUCUUCGAGGCGCCCGCUCCGUUGCUGGCCCUCGUCGUGCAGCAGUGCGCCAACCACGGCAGGAGCAGACAGAAAAAGGAGGAGGCCUACCGGAGCUCGCCCGACGUGAGCAUCUUGGACAUCCGCUUCACGCUGAACGAUCAGGUGAAGCUCUGCGUAAACGGCCACAUCGUGGAGGAUAGGGACUCCGGCACCGCGGGCAUUCCGGCCACGGAGUUGCAGUCGCUCUUCUUCGCGAUGAGCCGCCACCUGAACGAGAAGGUGGCGGCCCGCAUGGACCUGCGCAGGGAAGCGGACCCCCACUACAUGGGCAAGGUGCCGACGAUGAAGAAGCUCGGGAAGGACGACCAGCAGGAUGGCUUCGACGGCGCGGAGGCCUUUCAGGUGUUGAUGGAGGAGUUGUUCAAGCUGUGUCCCGCGGGCAAGUUCGUCAGCCCCAUGGCCAUGAUCGUCCACAUGAUACGUCGGGGCACGGAGAACCCUCUGGUGAGCGAGGAGACCAUCGCGGCCAACGCGGCGACCGCGAUGAAGAACUCGCUCCACAGCGGCCACGCCCACGCCCACGCCCACGCCCACGCAGCACCAAAGCUCGGGUCGCAGCUGGUCGCGUCGGCCUGACCGUGCCCUGGGACGCGCGGCAAGGUUUGACUUGUCGACGCGGCCCUGGGGAGACGCUUCUGCUCCCUCCCCGUGCCCCCCUUCC